GGAUCUCCAUGCAGUCGAUACCGUUGGACGGGAGAGAAAGGGAAAGAGAGAAAGAAAGAAAGAGAGACUCGAGUUAAUAUUAAUCAAGGAUUUAACUAGUAGUUUGGUUUAUUAAUAUCCAGUGCGUGCUCUGUAGUGCGUUGUUAGACGACCAGUCCAUCGCUGAUUAAGUUUCAGCAGCAGAGAGAGCAAGCUAUCCAGGUGUGAAACUGCUUUCCCGGUCGGCAACUAACACAAAUGUUGAACGACAGCUACUAAGCUACCAACUGAAGCCGGAGGACCUAAAGCGUGGUUUUACACAAAAGAAUCCCGACUUGAGAGAAGAACAGGGCCAAAAGUGAGGCGAGACAAAAGAAAGUUUAGGCUUGGCCCAUUUUUUUGCUCAGGAGUGUAGACACCCAUCCGAAGCUCAAGAUCGAUCCUGGAGCGGAGAGGCAUGUCUUCCUUAUGUUUACUCCUGGCAGCCAUGCCUUCAGUGAUGGAGCGCUCAGGAGCUGGAGUUCUGUCCCGCAGCAGGGCGAAAACAGCAACCAAUGGCCACAGUCAACACACUGAUGAGGAGAGUAGUGAUGAAGAACAUUCACACGACAGCAUGAUUCGUGUGGGUGCAGACUACCAGGCACAGAUCCCAGAGUACAAGCCAGAGCCUGAGUCUGACUACAGUGAGAAAGACCAGCGAAGCAUGCUUGUGUGGUCACCCAACAGCCAAGUGUCUGAUGCAAUGUUGGAUGAAUACAUCUUAAUGGCCAAAGAGAAGCAUGGAUAUAAUAUGGAACAGUCUUUGGGCAUGCUGCUCUGGCACAAGCACGAUGUGGAGAAGUCUCUGGCUGACCUAGCUAACUUCACUCCCUUUCCCGAUGAGUGGACGGUGGAGGACAAGGUGCUGUUUGAGCAGGCGUUCAGCUUCCACGGCAAGAGUUUCCACCGCAUCCAACAGAUGCUGCCAGAUAAGUUGAUCUCCACUCUGGUAAGGUACUACUACUCCUGGAAGAAGACUCGGACUCGCACCAGUGUCAUGGACCGGCAGGCCCGUAAACUUAUUAGCAAGAGAGAGAAGGAUGACAGUAAUGACGAGAUGGAAGAAGGAGACCCAGGAAGUGACAGUGACUUUGAGAUCCACACAAAGAAAGAGCCCAAGCUGAGCUCUGGUGCUGGAGGAGGCAGUGAGAGGAGCUCUGGGAGGUUAGGACCUACACGCAAAGAGAACCAGGGGGCUCAGUAUCGGCACCAUCCACUGAGGGCACGCCGCAGGCCUCCAAAGGGCAUGCACCUGGAUCAGGAUGACAUCGUCUCUCUGUCUGCUUCCACUGAGUCAGGAACCAUCUCCAACCGUCAGCUCGACACUCAGCUUGUCUCUCUCAAGAGACAGGUUCAAAGUAUCAAGCAAGCAAACAGUGUCCUCAAAAGGAGUUUGGCAGAUGGUGUUGAGACCAUGAGACCAACUGAGCCCACUCUUAAGAUUAACUCCCGCUGGACCACAGAGGAACAACUCCUGGCUGUACAGGCUGUCAGACGAUAUGGUAAAGACUUUGCCACCAUAGCUGACGUGAUUGGGAACAAGACCGCGGGUCAGGUGAGCUCAUUCUUCAUCAGCUACCGCCGCCGCUUCAAUCUGGAGGAAGUGCUGCGAGAAUGGCAGGCAGAACAGGAAGUGCUGCGGGGGAAUAGCGAGACCAUGAAGGACCUGAACGGGACAGCAGGAGUGGAAGAGGAUGAGACUAAGAGGGAUAGUGUAUCCCCUGCAGACUCUGGCAGUCCAACGCCUUCCUCUGAAGUAGCCAGUAACUCUAGCCAGUCUUCUCCACCGCUUACCCAACCCCCACCCUUACUACGCCCGACUCCCCCCAGUGCACCCCCAAGCCUGUUGCGCCAGCCUCCUCCUCUUCAAACACGCCCCCUCCAGACCCGAACGCCCCACAACCAUCCUCCACCUCCACUCAUCCGCCCCGCAGUGGCCUCAUCCCACCACCAGAGCGGCUUGAGGAACUCCAUCGGUUCCUCUGCGGCGUCCGGCGCACAGCUGCCUCCUUCGCUGAUGGGGCUCAAAGUGGAAUCACCACACUCGUACUGAUUUACACAAGCUGCUGGGGUUGGCCUCUGGCACUGAUCUUAAACCAGUUCCAGCUUUGGUCAAGAUUAGGAUUUUAAUGGGAACUGGUUCCAGAUCAGCACAAUUUCUAGAACACUGAUAGGAACAGCAGGUACUGUCCAGGUGGCAAGGGGAUUCAAAAUACACAUAUUACUGCAGCUGUUCAGGCCCACAGGAUGAGUCAGGGAUUGUGAUAUAGUGUUAGACAGGUGAAAUGAGUCAGCAGUAGGUUUGACAUCACUCAGAAAAUCCCCAUUAAACACCAACACUCGUACGGGCAAACAUCUCCUGUCGUCACUCAGAAAUAACCUGAGUGCAGACUUGCCAAAUUCAGGCCACACACAGCCAGUGGGCCUCAGCUUUAAUGAUAUACCUCAGAGGAGGCCGCAGAACCAACCCACAACCACACAGUUCAGCAUGAUCAAUUACAGAAAUGACCUUUGACAGAAAAUAUUGUUAGUACUUGAACCAAAAUUUCUCAGUGGAGAAAAAAGCCUUUAGAUGUUAUACACUGGAUUGUAAUGAAAUGCCUUGACAACUGAAUCACAGGUUUCCCCAUUUCCAUGGCAACAGCAGAACAUCUCCAACUAUGUUACACAGAAGACACCACAUGACACGAGUGUAAACUGGGAAAAGGUGUUCUUUCUUUUCCAUUAAAGAGCCAUGUAUUACUAGAACUGAGCUUAGUGAAUUGGUUUUUAUUUCAGUGACCGAGUCCCUGAAAAAUUAGUAGAUAGUAAUUAUGUAGAAGUGGUUAACAUUAAAAGCACUAAAUGACCCAACAUACUUGACUUUUUUUUCUUGCACAAACACGGAAGUGCACUGAUUCUUCAGUGAGGCGAAAUGUGUAAGAUGUUACAACAUUAAAGUUCAUAGUUUGUGCCAGUGGA